UGGAGAGGAACAUGAUCCAUUCUUUCUUACCUUUAAUCCUGAGGUUACCCCAAAGAUGACAUUGUUUAAGUGGACCAGUGGUCAUCCUCUGCCAUCUGUUUCUGCUUGGAAAGCUUCACAAGAGCUAAACAACAUUCAAGGGAAGCGCGGUCUAUGGUUCUGUGGUUCAUAUCAAGGCUAUGGUUGUCAUGAAGAUGAGAUAAAGGCAUUCAUCACUUCUAUAAAUAAUCCAAUUCAUUGUUUCUCUUAAUAGUUUUUUUGUGUGUAAAUUGAAAGUUCGUUAAUAUUAUAAACAGGCUGGUAUGGCGGCUGCACAAAGUCUGUUAGGGAAAGAGAUGGUUUCUCCUCCGAGCAACCCAAAACAUAUGGCCCCAUCUAUAAUCGAAAAAGGGGCUCGGUUUUUAUUUACUAGGUUCUUGAGACAUUUCAUAUCAACCGGUUGCGUAACAGUAUAUGAAGAAGGAGGAACAAUGUUCACUUUCAAAGGAAACCAUUUGAGAUGUAACUUAGAAUCUGUCAUAAAGAUUCACAGUCCUCAUUUUUACUGGAAGGUUAUGACACAAGCAGAUUUAGGACUUGCCGAUGCUUAUAUAAAUGGAGAUUUUUCGUUUGCCGAUAAAGAUUCAGGACUUCUGAAUUUGAUCAUGAUUCUCAUUGCUAACAAAGAAUUGAACUCAAAGAACUUAAAACUUUCUAAGAAAAGGGGUUGGUGGACACCGAUGUUUAUGACUGCUGGUUUAACAUCUGCAACACAGUUCCUAAAGCAUUUCUCUAGGCAGAACACUUUAACUAAAGCUCGAAGGAACAUUUCACGUCACUAUGACCUUAGCAAUGAGCUUUUUGCUCUAUUCUUGGAUGAUACCAUGAGUUAUUCCACUGCGGUAUUCAAGUCAGAUGAUGAGGAUCUGAAAACUGCACAGAUGAGGAAAAUAAACCUUUUAAUUGAUAAGGCUAGAAUAGAAAAGAACCAUGAGGUUUUAGAGAUUGGAUGUGGAUGGGGAACUUUGGCCAUUGAAGUUGUGAAAAAAACUGGAUGUAAAUACACUGGUAUUACACUAUCUAUCGAACAGCUUAAAUAUGCAGAAGAAAAGGUUAAAGAAGCUGGACUUCAGGAUCGGAUUACAUUUGAGCUUUGCGAUUAUCGUCAACUAUCUGAUGCUAAAAAAUAUGACAGAAUCAUAUCUUGUGAGAUGAUAGAACAUGUUGGCCACGAGUUUAUGGAUACAUUCUUCAGUCACUGUGAAGCUGCGCUUGCAGAAGACGGCAUCUUUGUCUUGCAGUUCAUAUCGAUACCCGAAGAGCGUUACAAUGAGUACAGACUAAACUCGGAUUUCAUAAAAGAAUACAUAUUCCCCGGUGGAUGCCUUCCUUCCUUAGCCAGAGUUAUUUCUGCCAUGGCCUCUUCUUCUCGGUUGAGCGUAGAAAAUGUUGAGAACAUUGGGAUUCAUUACUACCAAACAUUGAGAUGCUGGAGGAAGAACUUCUUGGAAAAUCAAAAACAAAUCAUGGAUCUUGGAUUCGAUGAUAAGUUCAUAAGGACGUGGGAAUAUUAUUUCGACUAUUGUGCAGCUGGUUUCAAGACUCUUACUCUUGAAGACUACCAGGUAGUGUUCUCACGUCCGGGGAAUGUAGCUGCAUUUGGAGAUCCAUUCCAUAGCUUCCCUUAUGCUCAUGGAUAAAUAAAUGUUGAAGAAUCCUUUCAACACUUUUUAAGUACCACUCUCAUUUCUUGUCUUAUUUUCUUAUUCAAAAUUUGCAUGUGAGACAUCUGUAAACUUUAAAACAGAAACCUGCGUUCAUGAUUGA